AUGACCACUAACGACGAUUUGAAAUCUUUGUUAAUUGAUAUUAAAAAAGAGCUUAGUGGUAAACUUGACACAGUUGAAAGUGAAAUAAAAGCGCUGGUGAAGAAAAAUGCUGCCCGUACUGAGGAGAUCUCACUCAUGGUUAAGAAGGUCAACAAACUCGAGACAAGAAAUGAUUUUUUGGAAAAUAAAAUUCUUAACUGCGAAUCAAAAAUCGACUCCCUCCUUAACAGAGAGAGGGCUAAAAAUAUCAUUUUGUUCAAGGUUAAAGACACGAUUGCUGAAAACGAAAAUCUGCUCAAGACGCUUAGAGAUAUUUUCCAUCACGCUGAAGUUACUUUGGAAAUGAGGGACAUUGUGGCUACAAGGAGACUGGGUAAAGUUGCUGGUGCUAGACCUAUCCUAGUUACUUUGACUAACCAGGGAUCCAAAUCGAUGAUCUUCCAAAAAGCUGUAAACUUUGGUAAAAAUAAUAUUCGACUCUCGAAUGAUCUUCCUAAGGAGAUCAGAGAAAAAAGGAGGAAAGAACAUAGAGAGCUUCUGGAUUAUAAACAACUCUUAGAAAAACAGGGAAUAGUGGUCUCUAUCAAAGGCAGAUACUUGGUAAUGGAUAACAAAUUCUAUGAUGCAGUUACGGUCUCGGAAUAUUUAUCCUCAACUGGUGAAGAUACCAUUGUAAACGAAGAGGAUCAACAAGUGAGAGUGUCUAGUGAGAUUGACGAUUCCACCCAUGAUUCCACUCCCAACCUCAACAACAAAAAAUCUAGAACACAAACAAACAAAAAGAAUGGUGAUAAUAAGAAAAUUAAAAGUCAACCGGUUCGAGAUACCAGAGAAAUAAUUUCUUCCUAUCUUAGUAAGCCGAUGCGAAAUGAUAAGAAGAAUGAGUCAGAGGUGUCAUAG